CCCGCCUGACGUCUCGUCAGACUUAGACUCUCCUGGCUUCCCUCCCACCGCCCUGGUCGAUCUACCCCUCCAGGCCCCGCCUCGCCGCUCCGCUCCUCACCGCCUCCAGCUCUGCGGGCGAACUGCGUGUUGCUGCGUCAUCGCCAGUGGCCGGUUUGAAUGAGGCUCUCGUCGCACCCGAGCUGCUGCCGACACUCUGCCUCUGUCUCGGCUGCUGCCACAGCUUCUUCGUGUCCCCUUCCUGUGGCCACCCUUGCCAGGCCCAGCCUUCCUGCUCCGCCGCCUUCCCUCUCGCCCUGCCAUGCCUCUCUACUCCGUUACUGUGAAAUGGGGAAAGGAGAAAUUUGAAGGUGUGGAAUUGAAUACUGAUGAACCUCCGAUGGUGUUCAAGGCUCAGCUUUUUGCAUUGACUGGAGUCCAGCCGGCCAGACAAAAAGUUAUGGUGAAAGGAGGAACACUGAAGGAUGAUGAUUGGGGAAACAUCAAAAUAAAAAAUGGAAUGACUUUACUAAUGAUGGGAUCAGCAGAUGCUCUUCCUGAGGAACCCUCAGCUAAAACUGUCUUCGUAGAAGAUAUGACAGAAGAACAGUUAGCAUCUGCUAUGGAAUUACCGUGUGGAUUGACAAAUCUCGGUAACACUUGUUACAUGAAUGCUACAGUUCAGUGUAUUCGUUCUGUGCCUGAACUCAAAGACGCCCUUAAAAGGUAUGCUGGUGCCUUGAGAGCUUCAGGGGAAAUGGCAUCAGCACAGUACAUUACUGCAGCCCUUAGAGAUUUGUUUGAUUCCAUGGAUAAAACGUCUUCUAGUAUUCCACCUAUUAUUCUACUGCAGUUUUUGCACAUGGCUUUUCCACAGUUUGCAGAGAAAGGUGAACAAGGACAGUAUCUUCAACAGGAUGCUAAUGAAUGUUGGAUACAAAUGAUGCGAGUACUGCAACAGAAAUUGGAAGCCAUAGAGGAUGAUUCUGUUAAAGAGACAGACUCUUCAUCUGCAUCAGCAGUGACACCUUCUAAAAAGAAAAGUUUAAUUGAUCAGUUCUUCGGAGUUGAGUUUGAAACUACCAUGAAAUGUACAGAAUCUGAAGAAGAAGAAGUCACUAAAGGAAAGGAAAGUCAGCUUCAGCUUAGCUGUUUCAUCAAUCAAGAAGUCAAGUAUCUUUUUACAGGACUUAAAUUGCGACUUCAGGAAGAAAUCACCAAACAGUCUCCAACAUUGCAAAGAAAUGCUUUGUAUAUGAAAUCAUCCAAGAUAAGCCGACUGCCUGCUUACUUGACUAUUCAGAUGGUUCGAUUUUUCUAUAAAGAGAAAGAGUCUGUGAAUGCUAAAGUCCUCAAGGAUGUUAAGUUUCCUCUUAUGUUGGAUAUGUAUGAACUAUGUACACCAGAACUUCAAGAGAAAAUGAUCUCUUAUCGAUCAAAAUUCAAGGAUCUGGAAGAUAAAAAAGUGAAUCAGCAGACAAAGACAGGUGACAAAAAGAGUAGUCCCCAGAAAGAAGUUAAGUAUGAACCUUUUUCUUUUGCUGAUGACAUUGGCUCCAAUAAUUGUGGAUACUAUGAUUUACAAGCAGUGCUGACACAUCAGGGAAGGUCUAGCUCUUCAGGUCAUUAUGUAUCAUGGGUGAAAAGGAAACAAGAUGAAUGGAUUAAGUUUGAUGAUGAUAAGGUCAGCAUUGUGACACCAGAAGAUAUUUUGCGGCUUUCUGGAGGUGGAGACUGGCAUAUAGCUUACGUUUUACUCUACGGGCCUCGCAGAGUUGAAAUAAUGGAAGAGGAAAGUGAACAGUAAUCUUCAUUUCUGCUAUUUAUACUUAGGUGUGAAAUAAAUGUUGUUGAUCAUUUCUAUAAUCCAGAGCUUUAGAGGAAGAUAUGUAAGUGGUUUUAUUUCCCCUUAUAUGAAACAAAGAGGGCAGGAGCAGACCACUCUGUUUAUCAACCUAAAAAUUACAGAAAAAAAUUGCCUUUGGAAUGUGCUGCCCUGUAUAAAGGUGGCAGAAAGAUAUUUUUAAAAAGCUUGUUUCUUCCAUUAAUUUUUAAAAAUUCUGAGUUGAUUAAAAUGCCUUUCAACCAUUACCUUCUGUGAUAAUUUUCCCUGCCUUUUUCAGCUCAAGAUUCAGCCAUGAAAUGUUUAUUGCACACCUGUUACUGUUGUUUGUUGUUCUUGCAUGGUUCAAACCACAAGUAAUUCAGUAGCUGUCCAUCCUUUGCCUUAUCUAACAAAUUUUGCCAGGAAGGUGGAAAGGAAGUGUUGCUCUCAUUGUAUCUCAGUGCUGCUGUCCAUAUCCCAUGGAAACAUGGAUACAAUCAAGUAUUUGUCCAGCCUGGUUGUUGCUGGCUUUUCAUGACUUUAAAAUAAAUUGUGAUCAAUAGUACAUUUGAUUAUACAUUUAUUACUGUGUCUCUGAUGUACUAUGGUUUGUAUGUUUAACUUUGCAAUGGUUUUGUAGUAAUCAACCUUAAAAAAUGGUGACAGGCUCUGGCUGCUUAUUUUUAGAAAAUGGGGAUAUUUAAUUAAAAAAAGGGAUUAAGUUUUUUUUUUUUUUACCUCGUCUUUUGUCUGUUAAGUUGGCUGAAAUUCUGACAUUAAUCCUGAUGGUUAGUUUCUCUGCUGUUAAAGCAUCCAUUUAAAAACAUGAUCUUUUUCCUGCUAGUAUUCUGUUAUUUAAAAAGAAAUACAAAGUUGUAAGAGCAGUGGCAUUCUUUGGAUGCAGAAUGCAGUGAUGUUGUCAGUCAGAUCUGUUCCUUGCCUCUGUUGUUUAUUUUUAUACUUCUGUCAGUUCCCAAAAUCUUCAUGUGUGUUUCACUAAUAUCAGUAAUUUUUAAAGUGGAGGUAGCAAUACCAAGAUUAUGAAGUAUUUCAGUAUCGUAGGUUUAAUAUAUUCUAACUAGUUUGUCUUUUUUUAGGAAGUUUGUCAGAAAUAUGAUAGACUAUUACCUCAUUGGUCUCCAAUUCUUUUUUUUGAGUUGGGUAUUUAUAAUUGUUUUGGGGAUUAUCAUGAAAUCUCAUCUUUGCUUAUGAUGUUUUAACGCUCUGCAGAGCACAGCACUGAUAACUAGUAGAUUCCUAGAGAAUAAUGGCCAUUGUGGUAUAAUCCGAGAACACUACGGGGUAUAAAAUAAACAUUUAAGGGAAACAAUUGUAAAUAGCUUUUUCAGCUAAUCUUUAAUUUUUGCAAUCAUUACUCCCUUUGCUUUGGGGGAGGGUGCAGAAUAGAAUGGGGAAAAUGAGACUAAGAAUUGUGAUGUUUCUUUAUAUAUUAGUAAGAUGCUUGUAACUUUGCAGUUUUUUUUUUUUAAAUUCAGUCUUAUUUGGCCUGAAAAAAUCUGAUGACCUAAUUGAGCAAUUAAAAUUUAGGUUUUCUGAUUUGCAGGAUGCUGUAGCUAAUAGAAAUCAGGUGAAGUAGGUUUAGAGCAGUAUGUAAGCCUUGUAUGGAAUUGUGACAUUGUAAUUCCUUGUCAUCAUUAUAAAAAACUUGAUUUCAUUUUAUCUGAUCCAAAAAAGCAUUAUUCCAAAGAUAUUUUAAGUAUAACAAAUUGGACUUGUACCAGUGUUGUUUUAAACUAAUAAGGCUGUUUUAGAAUUCAGCCUUGCAUAUAAGGUCUUUGAGAGCAGGCAAGAAAAUGUCUUCACUCCCAAGUGUGCCUCAUAUGCUGUGCCACUAGCACUGAGGCCCUUUUGAUAUUAGAGCUAUGCUGUAUCCUGUGGGACUUGCUGGUGAAAUUAAGCCCAAGCAAGAACAAUUACAGUCUAACAUGCAUUUAAGAAACAAUGAUAACCUAAUUUUAGACCCCAAAAGGGUAAUAAUUAUAUGUGAACAGGAAAAGUAGAUGCUUCUGUCUCCAACCAUUACUACACAGUAGUUUGCUUUUUAUAGGGUGCUUUCGCUAACAUCUUUUGGACUUCACAAUAAUCCCUGAGGUAUGCAUCCCUAUUUUAACGACUUGAGAGAUUAAGUAAUUUUUGUAAGGCUAGAAGAACUAGGUUUUAGACUUCACCCCAUUUCUUUUAAAGUUGUGGGUCAGCAAACAUUUUCUGUGGUUGGCCAGAUAGUGUUUUAAGCUUUGCAUGCUGUAACAUCCUUGUUGCAACUACUUUGCAGUUUUAUCAGGAAAGAAGCCAUAGGUAAUACCUAAAAAAUCAGCACGAUGGUGUGUUGAUGAAAUUUUACCUAUAAAACCAGGUGGUGAAUGGACCAUUGCUUGCUGAUCCUCUGCUUUAAAGUAUGAGUGAGACUAGAGCAGUCAUACGGUUUCAGGAAGUCUUAUUCUCCAGUUUUCAGAAUAGCAGGUUAAAUUUUACAACUACUUAUGGCAUGCAGAAACUUAAUUUUCAUAGUGUAUUUUAGGAAACACCAUGCCCCUAAAUAUCUCUUACUGACUUCAUUAUGAAUACAUUUAAUUUAUUUAACAAAAAUAUAUGACGACCUUGAUUGAGGUCACAAUUUUGGCCAUUUUUCCAGUCUACUCUGCCCUCCUUCCAAAACCCUGAGGUCAGUUAUCAAGAGCCAAUAUGUGUUCUGUUGUUCUUGGAGCACCAGCCAACUGUACAACAACUGUUAUAAAAAUGUUUAUUGUUUACCAAAACCAGUGGACCUCUUAUCAA